AUGUCGCAAAUCAACUACCGCACCAUCAACGUCGACCAGCUCGACCCCGAGUCAUCGGUCAACUUCCCCAUGGAGACCCUCCUCCCUGCCACGCUGCCUCAGCCAGAAACCUCCAGUGAUGCCGCCAAUGUUGCUACACAGGUUCGCCAACUGCUGCGCGGUGGUGAUGCCGAGGGCGCGCUGCGCCACGUUCUGGACACUGCGCCGCUGGGCGGCGACGACCGCGCUAAGGAGGUGCAUCUUGCUACAGUGAUCGAGGUGUUGCAGGGUAUUCGACAGGCUGAGAUGACUCGCGUGCUGGAGGGUGUCACUAGUGGCGAGGGCGGGUCAGAGCGAGCGGACUGUCUGAUGAAGUACAUCUACAAGGGAAUGUCCUCGCCCGGCCCCAGCAGCGGCGCCCAGUCCCCUCGCAAGAACGUCUCUCCUCAAGCCACCGGUUUCUCUCAGAUUCAGGCCCGCAACCAGGGCGAAGGUGGUAGUAGCCAGCAGAUGAGCGUGUUGCUGAACUGGCACGAGAAGCUGGUGGAGUUGACAGGUACCGGUUCCAUUGUCCGCGUCAUGACGGACCGUCGGACGGUCUAA